AAUAUGCAUAGUGAGGGUAAACCCAGGCUUCAGGUAUGAACGUAGCGGAAUAUAUAACCGUCAGCAAUGAAUAUGUGCUGCAGUGCAGGUCAGGUGGUGAACGUAUACUCCACAUAUAGAAACACAGUUACUGGUUCCGGUAACUCAUCAUGGUAGCUGAAGUGUCUCUCUGAAGGUAGCACUGACCGGAUUGUCCACUCGGGAACACUAUGUCAAGAAGUUCAGAUGGCAGACAGCACAACACCAACCGCAUCCGACAAACAUUUCGGAGCGAUUCUCCAAAAUACGACAAGUAUUCGCGACACAGGAAACCUGACCCUAAUACAGAAGAACUCAUCCGAUUUGUUAGAGAGCAUCAAAGAGAUAGGCAGCCUACCACAAUUAGGCUACAAAAACUUGCCCCCUUGCCAAGCAUUGGCCAGUCACAUGCUCCCAUUGAAGUGCCAAGAAUAACGAAUAUUGUGAGCACAUCGUUAAAUAGUUUCGAAGAAUCCGAUGCUGACGAUGGUCUGGGAGAUAGCUAUCCGGAUGUGGACGACGACUUCGAUUCGGAAGUUGCGUCCUGCACAGACAGUUUUGCUCCCAUCGAAGACAUUUGUACAUAUCGGGGCAUGUCUAACGCUCAAAUUCAUUCAGGGACAGUUAUCAAAAAGAAGUUGAAAAAAAGCGGGAAAUCAAGGAUGAGGAUCUGCUCAGAUCAAACCUAUACGUCACAUUCUUCAAACCAUCUGGUUCGCACUAAGCUUGAUCCCAAAAAUCGGAAGUUACCCCCAUUGGUGAGAGAUGACAUGCCGAGUCGACCUGGUGCUCCGGUUCCAUCCUAUGCAAUGGAAUCUUGCCAUAGUCCGAAUGCACUUACUGUGGAGGAGGAAGACCCUAUUGAUUAUAUAGAGUAGUGUCAUAAUUAUUUUCCGAUUUUGUAUCAAACGUUUGGUGCCUCCCUGAUAUAUUGGGACAAUCAUUUUGCAGGAUCCAUAGAGACAUCUUGUCUUUAUAUUUAUACGUUGGUGAAAGACUUUGC